AUGAAUGGCCUCGCUUCCUCCCCAAUGGGCACCAUGUAUGUGCGUGCACUCUACGACUACGAUGCCGACGACCGCACCAGCUUGAGCUUCCGCCAAGGCGACAUCAUCCAGGUUAUCACCCAACUCGAGAGCGGCUGGUGGGAUGGCAUUAUCCGCGGUGUGCGAGGAUGGUUUCCCAGCAACUACUGCGAGCUCAUUGCUCAGCCAGGCGAUGUCUCUGCCCAGACUGCCCGCAUAUCGGAUACGCAUACUCAGCCUCACGCACGCAACCACUUCGAGGAUGUGUCCCCCGAGUCUUCCUAUCGCCAUACAGACGCUGCCCAGGAUAGCCAGGAGGAGGCUGCAUUCUGGAUUCCACAGGCCACCCCAGAUGGCCGCCUGUUCUACUUCAACACUUUGACUGGUGUCAGUACCAUGGAACUGCCGCUGGAGAACCCGACACAACAAGCCGAACCAGGUCCCCAUGAUCGAUAUCAUGUGCUUCAGCACGACCAGUCCCGUCCUCCACCUGAGAUGCUUGCACGUGGCUAUGAACGUGCUGAAUCUGAGGCCGACUACGAAUCUGCGAGUGAAGCCGAAAUGGCGCCUCCUCUAACCUCUACUUCCUUCCAGCGAAAUCGGGGUUCAUACGUCUCAAAUCCGCUCUCUCCCGCAACUUCGUCCGAGUCGCUCAGAAACGCAUCCCCCCUCACCAGAUCCCGCACAAAUGUCGCUGAUAUGUCCAGCUCAAGCUAUGCCACCCACUCCAACAUGUCCAACGGCACCGGUAUGACGUCCUUUAUCAACAGCCCCGGCACGCCUGCACAAAAGGACGACCUAAUUAUUUCACGCCGUUGUUUCGACGACUCGCAGACGGUUCUACUUACCUGGAACACUCUGGUCGAGGACAUGCGCCGAGCCGUUCAGCGUUAUCGAGAAGCGAUUGACAACAGCCACAAGAGCGAGUUCGUGAAAAGAGCAGAGGAUAUUUCGGAUCACCUUCGUCUUUUGCUUGCAGCAGGCUCCGGCACCACUGACAACCACUCUGGUAACCCUUCGAUCAUCUUGACUAACAAAGCCUUGUAUCCUCAUUUCAGAGAAAUGAUGUCAAGCUUCUCCAAGCUGGUCUUGUCUUCUCAUUUUGCAGCCGCUGAUUUCACUACACCGGAUUCGUAUUCUAAGUGCUUACAGGAGGCUGAAGGCUUGUUACAUGGUGUUUAUGGCUAUGUCGAAGUUGCGCGCCAGCAGCGGGGUGAAGAGAUUCCGCGCCUUACGCCUGGCUUUGUAUCAGGUAUUCGUUCUGGUGGAAGUUGGCAGAAUAAUGGUCUGGUUCUCGGCGAUCCAUCUGCCGCAUCGCAGCCUUUCCUACAGCAAGAUACGGACACACUUAUUGAACCCACGGCUCACCUCGAUCAAACUUUGCUGGAACGCGUGGACGAGAUGAGAAAGAAUGUCUCUAUCAGUAUACGUCGUCUGGACAAGCAUCUCGUGUUUGAAGAGAAACUGGUUACACCUAAGAAGCACAAGAAGACCAGCCAGCUGAUUUCUGAAGAUGCUGGUCGUGUCAUUGAGGCCUGUCGACCGUAUCUUGCCGUCAUCGAGAGUAUCAACUUGGCACCACUUGGAUCGACUUUCAGGAACCCUCAAAUCAUUGAUUUCAGUACACAGAAGCAGAAGUUCUACGACAACUCAUCAGAGUUGGUGGUCGCCUGCCAAACUGUUGCCAGUCCUCUCAGUGACGAAUGGUCUGAUCAUAGAGGCAGUUCGCUCGAGGAGCGCAUAACCCAUGUCAAGCUUGUUGCGCGUGAACUUGAUGGUUCUGCCAGCCAAUUGCAAUUCACCCUUCAAUUGCUAGCGGAGAUGAUGCCACAAGACUCGGCUUCGAUGACGACCGAAGAUCACCGCACCUCUGACAAUUCUUAUGCUGACGACCCUCGCGGAGGAUCAACUUUGAGGGGUAAGCCUAACGGUAUGGGUCCUGCUAAGAGCUUCGUGGAAGGCCCCGAGCAGCCUACUGUCGAAACACCACGUCUUGCAGACAAUUCAAAACUGAAACGCUUCUUUGGCGAAGUGCCUGCGCCGAUACAACAACAAGAGGACGUUCCAGACUUCCUCAAGCUCGACCAUGAAGGCGAGAUCGCUUACGAUACCAAAGUGCAUCCCCCUCAAUUGCGUGGCGGUACUUUGACUGGUCUGGUUGAACAAUUAACGCGACAUGAUCGUCUGGACUCGCCGUUUAACAACACAUUCCUUUUGACGUAUCGAUCUUUCACGACUGCUAGUGAGCUUUUCGAGAUCCUUGUCAAACGAUGGAACGUACAGCCUCCCUAUGGUCUCAAUCCAGUCGAUCUCGAGACUUGGGUCAACAAGAAGCAAAAGCCUAUCAGAUUCCGUGUAGUCAACAUCCUGAAGAGUUGGUUUGACAACUACUGGAUGGAGGAGAACAGCGACGCAAAUCAACAGCUCAUGCACAGGGUCUACUCGUUCGCGAAGGAAACGGUCGCAUCUGGCAGCACUCCAGGUGCGGGUCCUCUGAUGACAGCGAUUGAGCAGAGAAUGCGUGGACAAGAUGCCCCUGGCAAACGCUUGGUCUUGACACUGAACUCCGAAAAGACGCCUACACCGAUUAUCCCGAAGAACAUCAGGAAGCUGAAGUUCCUGGACAUCGACGCUCUUGAAUUCGCUAGGCAACUCACCAUCAUUGAGUGCAGACUGUACUGCAAGAUUAAGCCUACUGAAUGCUUGAAUAAAACGUGGCAAAAGAAGCUCGCACCCAACGAGCCUGAUCCAGCUGCUAACGUCAAGGCUUUGAUUCUGCACUCGAACCAGCUCACCAACUGGGUCGCUCAGAUGAUUCUAACUCAAGCUGAUGUCAAGAGACGUGUGAUUGUCAUCAAACAUUUCGUGGCAGUUGCAGAUAAAUGCCGUCAACUCAACAACUAUUCCACACUCACAUCAAUCAUAUCAGCAUUGGGCACAGCGCCCAUUCAUCGCCUGGGUCGCACAUGGGCCCAAGUUAACCAGAAGACUCAAGCUACUCUAGAGGUCAUGAGGAAGUUGAUGGGCAGCACCAAGAACUUCUCAGACUACAGAGAAACAUUGCACAAGGCCAACCCCCCUUGUAUUCCAUUCUUUGGUGUUUACUUGACUGAUCUUACUUUCAUCGAAGAUGGUAUCCCUGGGGUGAUCAAAAAGACGAACCUUAUCAACUUCGCCAAGCGCAGCAAGACUGCAGAGGUCAUUCGUGAUAUCCAACAAUAUCAGAAUGUGCCCUAUCCCCUGCAGCCUGUUCCGGAACUGCAAGAAUACAUUCUCACGAAUAUGCAAACGGCGGGUGAUGUACAUGAGAUGUACGAUCGCAGUUUGGCAGUUGAACCUAGAGAGAGGGAAGAUGAGAAGAUUGCCCGAUUACUUUCCGAAUCGGGAUUCUUGUGA